UUGAAGACUGAACGCGCUCAGCUCAGUUGCUUGUUUGUCUUGAAAAUUGCCCCUUUUUUCGCGAUUUACUACUCUUGAACAAAAUCUACAUUACGUAGCUCAGUCUAUAGAGAACAUAGACUUACCAGGUUGGUAAACCUGUGUAGAGUCGGACUUUGUUUUGUGAAAUUUUGCCUUUGUUUUUUUUUCUUCUUCUUCGCCCAAACAAAGAAGCGCGCUUUGAAGCAAAAUGGCGUACCAGCUGUAUCGGAACACAACCAUCGGUAAUACUCUACAGGAGAGUCUGGAUGAGCUCAUACAGUCCCAGCAGAUCACCCCUCAGUUGGCCCUACAGGUCCUGUUACAGUUUGACAAGGCCAUCAACAACGCCCUGGCAACCAGGGUCAGGAACAGACUCAACUUCAAGGGCCACUUGAGAACCUACCGAUUCUGCGAUAACGUCUGGACGUUUGUUCUUAACGACAUGGAGUUCCGCGAUGUGGCGGACAUCAUCAAAGUGGACAAGGUCAAGAUCGUGGCCUGCGAUGGGAAAGCCAGUGCAGGUGGAACCAGAGAUGACUAAUGAAAUCGGAUAUUACUACAACAAUACUCAUCAAUCUGUCUCCAUGACUACCACAACUGCUGGGAUAAACAAUCUCGGAGGGCGCAUCAAUUUAUUUUCUUGGUUGACUGGGACAUUUUGGGGUAUAUGAAAAUGGGGUAUAGGAUGAAAACUUGUACAGAAAGGUACAUAUGUAGUUUUACCAGACUGACUAUUAUACGGGGAAUAAUUUGCCAGGGGAGUUUUGCUAACAGAGUUUUUGGCUGAUUGCUAACCAUAUCCUCCCCUGGCCAAUGUCUGAAUUUUUUUGCCGAAUUCUAAUUGAUCCCCUAUACACCCGUAGGAAGUCCCGAUUGAGGCUAGUAAAAAGAUACAGACCUUCACUUAAAUUGUUUUCAUUAUCUUCCAGUACAGGAUUGUUUGUUUCUUUUCUAUGCGAGAAGCAACAAGUUAAAUUGAUGUGGCCUGAGUAUUUUCAAUCUUCAACUGUCAGGAGAAGGGGAAUUUGAUUUUCUAAAUAAAGACAUUUUUUUCUUCCUAUGUUUUUGUAAACAUAAGUGGGUAUUUGUUGUGUGUCAAAUCUCAAAGCUCAUAAUGCAGACCACAAAACUAGGCAUUUUUUUCGUGCAGAUAUAAUUUCGAACUCCAUUUAUGGCUGUGCUUAUAAAUGGUGACAAAGUCAAGCAUUGUUAGCUUCCUAUAAGAUGGGACAAGAAACCAAGAGGCAACACUGUAAGAAAGACAUAACUGCGAUGUAUACUGUAUGUAUUAUCUGUAGACAUUCCAGACAAAAGGCCAGCUACACUAUACUACACUUUGUAUUACAUGUGUCACUAUAGUAUAUAUAUAUAAUGCUCAACACUUUGAAUUUGGGAACAUAUAUUCCAAGUUUACAAAGCACCAUGUGUGUCUUUCUAUACUUGAAAGUCUAGAUCUAACCUGGUAUACAAUUAUGAAAUAUCAUAUCUUCAAGUACAACUUUUCCUCUCCAUGAUGGUAGUCUUAUUCCUAGUAUCAUAUAUGAAUAUCAUAUGUAAUAUGAAAGAGCAUCUUGUAUCUUCCCAAGUUCAAAGUGACGGGUGUUUCGUCUAUUAUUUGUAACAAGUCAGUAACUGUCAGCCGUGUGAACAAUGUACCAUAUGUAGCAAAAAUAAACUCUAUUCAGAACAACA